AUGCUGUGGACAGCCGCCGCGUGCCUCCUGUGGGGGGCCUCGUGGACCACAGGGGCCCCCGCCGCCCACCCCGGGCGCAAGGUCCUGCUGGUGUCUUUCGAUGGUUUCCGCUGGGAUUACGACCGCGACGUGGACACGCCGAACCUGGACCGCAUGGCCCGCGACGGCGUCAAGGCCGACUACGUGACGCCGCCUUAUCUUACCAUCACCAGCCCCACGCACUUCACGCUCCUCACCGGUCGCUACAUUGAGAACCACGGCGUGAUCCACAACAUGUGGUUCAACACCAGCAGCACGGAGAAGAAGCCGUACUACCAAACGCAGUUUGUCAACGAGUGGUGGGACAACGGCACGCUGCCCAUCUGGAUCACGGCGCAGAAACAGGGCCUGAAGUCGGGUUCUCUUCACUUCCCCGGCACGGCGUCCAGCUACCAGGGCCAGACGGCGACGGUGCGAGAGGUCGAGCCGCUGCUCUACAACUACAAGAACGAGACGGCGUGGCGCCAGAACGCCGACAAGGUGAUGGGCUGGUUCCGCGACCAGGAUCUGGACUUCGUGUCGCUGUACUUCGGCGAGCCGGACGGCACGGGGCACCGCUACGGCCCGGACUCCCCUCAACGUCGGGACAUGGUUCGGCAGGUGGACCGGACCGUGGGCUACAUCCGACGAUCGGCCGAGAACCACGGACUGAGCGACGUCUUGAACGUCAUCAUCACCUCCGACCACGGUAUGACCGCCGUGUACCGGAACGGAUUGGUGGAGGAAAUCACGCUUUCCGAGAUCUCGGGGUUCUCCUUCCGGGACGUGUCCUUCCACCUGGUGGACUUCGGGCCUUCGGGGAUGCUGCUGCCCAAACCGGGUAAGCUGGAGAAGGUAUACCGGGCCCUGAAGGGGGCGCACCCACACCUUCACGUCUACAAGAAGGAGGAGAUGCCCGAGCAUCUCCACUUUGCCAACAACCAGCGCAUCCUGCCCAUCGUUCUGCUGGCCGACGCCGGAUACGUCAUCAAUGGGUAUUUCCCCGUCCAGUUCAACAAGGGCGAGCACGGCUUCGACAACCACGAGAUGGACAUGAAGGCCUUCUUCAGGGCGGCGGGGCCGGCGUUCCGCAAGGACCUGAAGGUGGGCCCCUUCGAGACGGUCCACAUCUACCCGCUCAUGUGCCACAUUCUGGGCAUCCGACCCGAGGUCAACGACGGGCGCCUGAACGCUACGAGGGACAUGCUGGUCAGCCACGCCCCGGAGAAGGACGAAGGCAAGCGCGCAAACCCGGUUGUGAACGCCGUGACCGGCUUGGCUGCGACAGCUGGAUUUCUCCUGGCGCUUUUUGUCAUGGUCGUGACUCACAAAAUGCUCACUGACAGACGACGAGGAAGGUAA